CACUUAUCUGGAGUAUAAACUGUUUGAUAGAUAGACGUUGGUAACGAGUCGCUGGUUGUUGCUAAGAGUGGAUACACGUUCCUCUCAUCAUUAUCAUGAAAGCUCUGGUCAUUCUCUGCGUUUUAGGGUUCGUCCUGGAUGUGUGCAUGAGUGAACCAGGGGAAUGCCCUCCAUUCUAUGGCCAGGCCAAACCACCAGGCUGGACCUCACCCGGAAAGGGUCCAGUAGCUUCUGGAACUCAAGUAGAACAUCACUGUGCUAUCUAUACUUGCAAUGAAGAUGGGUCAUGGUCUUCACGCGGCUGUGGAGUGUACAGCUGCCGGGACCAAAUUGGAUACAAAGAUUACGAUUACACCAAAGCUUUUCCCUUGUGCUGCCCAAGGCCCAUUUGCCAGUCAGAUCAUCAAUAGACAAUUCAAUGACUGGAAGUGACAUGAUCUAAAAAGAAUUCUCUAUUGAUCUAUCCACAUGUUUAUAAACUAUUCAUCAAUACUUAUGAAGAGCCACAUUCUCCUUUUGCAUUGUUCAAUCAAAUAAUAAAAAAAUUGAUGACGUAUGAACGUA